AUGGCCACCGAAGCUGAGAAUGUUCCCGCCGUCGACGAGACGCCCAUCUCGCCCGUCCGUGGCAACGAGCGCCGCAACUCGCUCGAGAAGCACCUGCAGCACCGUCCGGAUCCCCAGGACCUGAAGAACAGGCACAUCCUGCUCGACACCAGCGCCGCUCCUGCCCUGCAGCAGAAGCAGCUGGAGUUGGAGCGCCAGAAGGUCAGCGACAACCUCAAGAAGGGCCUCGCACACCGUCCCGACCGUGAGGAGCUAGUUGAGCGCCACAUCCUGCCCGACUCCAACGCCGCGCCUGCCCUGCAAGCCCACCAGGUUGAGCUCGAGCGCAGCAUGAAGGCCGACAGCCUGGAGAGUGCGCUCAAGAGCCGGCCCGCCCCCGACGAGCUCGUGAACAAGGGCAUCCUGUCCGAGAACCCCGCCGCAUAA